ACGCUAAUGGAUUCUGGACCUCUGCUCCCUCUGUCGCUCUUUGUGAGGGUGUUUAUGGUUUCUGCCACAGCAUCAGCAGUCAACCUUGAAGGAGAACUUUUCAAGGAUUUGAUGAAGGGCUACAACAAGAACGUCCGGCCCAUGGAGAAGAGCGGUGAAGUCACUCAGGUCGACAUCAAGAUGACGCUCACCAACCUCAUCUCUCUGAAUGAAAAGGAGGAGGCCCUGACGACGAGCGUCUGGAUAGAAAUGCAAUGGUGUGACUACAGGCUCAGAUGGGACCAGCCGCCCAGGUCAGCGCUGUAUGGCAACAUCACCUCUGAGCUACGGGUCCCUUCCAAGAGCAUCUGGCUGCCAGACGUUAUACUGGAGAACAAUGUGGACGGGCAGUUCGAGGUAGCACUUUACUGCAAUGCUCUGGUGUCUCCUAACGGCUGUGUGUACUGGCUGCCUCCUGCCAUCUACCGCAGCGCCUGCACCAUCACUGUCAACUACUUCCCCUUUGACUGGCAGAACUGCACCAUGAUCUUCCGCUCCCAGACUUACAGUGCCAAUGAGAUCGAGCUGGUUCUCAAAAAGGAGGAUAACCACACGCUGGAGUGGGUGGAUAUUGACCCAGAGGCUUUUACUGAAAAUGGAGAGUGGGUCAUCAAACACAGGCCGGCUAAGAAGGUGAUCAACACUCAAUACACUAAGGAUGAGCUGGAGUACCAGGAGGUGGUCUUCUUCCUCAUCAUCCAGAGGAAGCCCCUCUUCUACAUCAUCAACAUCAUCGCUCCCUGUGUGCUCUUCUCCUCCCUCUGCCUCCUCGUCUACUACCUACCUGCCAAAGCGGGUGGUCAGAAGUGCACCAUGUCUAUUGCCACUCUUCUGGGUCAGACUGUGUUCGUCUUCCUCAUCGCAAAGAAGGUUCCAGAGACGUCGAAGGCGGUGCCUCUUAUUGGCAAGUAUUUGAUGUUUGCGAUGUCAGUGACCACGAUGGUGGUAAUGAACUGUGUGAUAGUCCUCAACGUCUCCCUGAGAACCCCAAACACUCACAGAAUGACAAACAAAGUGCGAAAGAUCCUCCUAAACGUCCUGCCUCGGCUGCUGAGGAUGCAGAUGCGACCCUGGAUGCCAAACAGCAACAGCACCCCAGAAGUUGCAAACGGAAAAACAUUGACUACAGAGAGUGAUGGCGUGUUCCUGGUCCCGUGCCGACGGCGCAGCUCCAUAACCCUGAUCACCAAGGCGGAGGAAUAUGUGAUGACAACGGCUCGGUCUGAACUCAUGUUCGCCAAACUCAAAGAAAGAAAUGGACUGAUGAAAUCAGUGCUAGAGAAGCUACAUGAUGGGCUGGAGGCGGGCACAGCUGAGCAGCUCAGUACCAGCCUGGCUAAGGCCUCCCCGGAUCUGAAGAAGUGUGUGGCCUCCUGCAAACACAUAGCCGAGGCUGCGAGGCAGCAGAGCAACUUCCAGAAUGAGAAUGAAGAGUGGUUCCUGGUCGCCCGGGUGAUCGACAGGGUCUGCUUCAUUGUCAUGGCGUUGUUGUUCUUUAUCGGCACGAUCGGGAUCUUCCUAAUGGGCCAUUUCAACCAGCCUCCCUCCUCGCCUUUCCUUGGGGAUCCCAAGAAGUAUCUCCCUCCAGUAAACAAUAUGACUGAUCUGACAGACUUCCUGGGGUGAGCCAGGAGAGAAUCUCCAGACUUGAUCCCUUUAACUGAAGUGGGAAUCUGACGGCGUCGGCCAGUGAUGUUUCCCUCAUGAGCGGGACACGGAGAGGAUGGAGAGGAUACAGCUGUGUGUGUUUUCAUUUGGGAAUGUGGAUCUGUCACAAAGUCAAAAAUGCUUGUUUGUGGUAUUAAUGGAUCCACUGCACGGUUGUGUGGAUGCCACGCUUGAUCCGUGACGAUGCCGGCUGGUAUCGGCUGUGGCCACUUGUUGAGGUUGAGAAUGUUUUUGCAUAAAAACAGCAGUUUCCUUCGCUGCUCCUGUUACCAGCUCAGCGUUACCACCUGCUGUCACAUUGAUGGAAGUCAUGACAAACUGCAUGAGAUUUGUUGCUCACACAUGUAAACAGUAAACAAUAGCUAA